CGUUAAAUAAAAGGUGACCGGCGUGGCGCGGUCGCGGUCACAGCGUAGUGCAGUGUCGAGGUGUAGUGAUGUCUCUGAUAAUCUGGAGCUUAGUGUGGGCGGCGGCGUGCUCGAGCCCCGGUCUGGAGGUGCGGGCGGCCUCCAUCCUGUCCACCGAACCCGGGGCCGUGGAUCCUCCCUGGCUCGCGAUCUUCCACUGCUUCCAGAGUGACUCCCCCACCGUGUGCUUCCAGAAGAGGGCUGUGCGCGCCCUAGAGGACAUGUUUAUCAAGGAAGACGUGGACGAUAAAUCGGUCGAGCAGGAGGAAAAGGGGUUGUCACCGGCUGUCGGCAAGAUCAUAGACAGGAUAGGGGACCUCAUCGCCUCCGGGUUGUCCCAGUGGUAUCCUGAGUCCGACGGGGAACCUGAGGAUCUGGACACCGCCAAAGUCGGCCGAUGCCAUCGAUCAAGCUAGAGGGCACAAGAAGAAGGUGAAGAAGGCGAUUAAGAGGGCAAUCUUGAAACUGAUCAUCGUAGGUCUACUGAUCAAG